AUGCCACCAGCUCUGCAACCGGCGUACGCAACGAUCGAGAACAACACGGCCUCGAAAUGGUGGAAGGACCCAGGUCUCAAGAAGAUGAUCUUGGUCGUGGUCAUUCUCUGGGGUAACUCGUUCACCUGGGGAUAUGACGGCACGCUACUCAAUGCGCAGCAGGCCAUGCCUCAGUGGAUCGAGGCGUUCGACGACCCCAAGGGCCAGGUCCUCGGUCUCAUCGGCUCCGUCUUCUACUUCCCAGCGGUUAUCACACCCUUCAUCGCCUCGUACUUCGGCGACCGCAUCGGCCGUCGCCUGACGCUCCUGGUGGCGUGUCUCGUAUCGUGCGCCGGUGCUCUCCUGAACACAUUCGCCAAGUCUCGCGCUGAGCUCAUCGCCGCCCGGGCAAUCAUGGGCGCCGCCCUUGGUGUUCAGUCCACCAUCGGCCCUCCCCUGAUGCAGGAAAUCUCUCACCCGCGCCUUCGUGCCGGUUGCGCUGCGCUCUGGUUCACCUCGUACCAAUUCGGCACUAUUGUUGCCGCGUGGGUCUGUUAUGGCACGCUCGACUGGCAGAACGAGUGGGCAUGGCGUCUCCCGACCCUUUUCCAGUGCCUCGGCACCGGUGCCAUCGCCAUCUUCACUCUGUGCGGCUUCAUGCCCGAGUCACCCCGCUACCUCGUUAAGAACGGCAAGGAAGAGAUUGCCCGCAGGACGCUCGCGAAGUACCACGCAAACGGCGAGGAGAAGGACCCUCUCGUCGAGUACGAGAUGGCGGAGAUCAAGCACGGCCUCGAGAUCGAUGCCAAGACCAGCACCACUUACAUUGACCUCUUUAAGACGCCUGGUAACCGCAAGCGUCUGUUCGUACUCUGCUUCAUCGCCAUUUCGGGUCAGUGGGCUGGUAACGCCCUCGUCUCCUACUACCUCCCGCUCAUCCUCAAGACGGUCAACAUCACAGACCCUCACCAGGUGCAGGGCAUCAAUGGAGGCCUUGCCAUCUUCUCUACUAUCAACUCCGCCAUUUGGGCUCAGUUCACCGAGCGUUGGGGCCGCCGCCCUCUCUGGCUGACAUGCAUGGCUGGUGUCCUCGCCUGCUUCGUGGUUAUCACCGCUCUCUCCGGAUCCUUCGACAAGACCCAGAACAAGGCCACGGGCAUCGCUCUCGUACCCUUCCUCUACCUCUACUUCAUGUUCUACAACGCUGGCUGGAUCACCUGCGGUGCCCUUUACACCACCGAAAUCCUUCCAUACGGUAUCCGCACCAAGGCGCUCUCCGUCUACGUCACUGUCCAGACGCUUUGCAUUGCCUUCAACUCCUACGUCAACCCUGUUGGCAUGGAGAACAUCGGGUGGAAGUACUACAUCGUCUUCAUCGUCCUCGACUGCAUUUGGGUGGUCAUCUGCUACUUCUUCAUCAUUGAGACCAAGGGCUACACUCUGGAAGAGGUCACCCGUCUCUUCGACGGCAAGGAGCAGGCCGACAACACCGUUAACAGCGGCCACCAGGAGCUGGAACGCCGCCUCUCCAACGCGGCCGACAUCGACCGCAAACUUAGUAAGGGCGACGACGCGUCGCCCAAGUUGGACCACGAUGAUGGCAAGUUUGUCGAGUACAAGCAUUAA